UCAGGCGCGGUCCACGGUUGCCUCGGCAACUGCGCCGCGCGCCGCCCGUUCCAGCCACAGGCCCCGCCCAGAGGCCGUGCGUCAGUGCGUCGUCUCUAUGGUGGCGGCGGAUUCAGAGGGACCUGAGGAUCCUAGCGUCAGGAUGUACCGCCGCGAGCGCUCCAUCCCACUUCGGGGCUCUGCCGCCGCCCUGCCUAACAACCUCAGUGUGCUGCAGCUUCCAGCCCGCGACCUCAUGCAUUUUGGAGUGGUCCACGGGCCGAGCGCCCAGAUUCUGAGCUCUGCCCCUGAGGGUAUGCCCUUGGCCCAGCGCCAACUCCAAAUCAAAGUAGGCGUUGGAGUGAGCCCUCCGCUCAUCACCCAGGUCCACUGGUGUGUUCUCCCCUUCAGAGUGCUGCUGGUUCUCACCUCACAUCGAAGGAUACAGAUGUAUGAGUCUGACGGCUCCCUCAUGGUCUAUUGGCAUGCCUUGGAUUCAGGAGAUGCUUCCUCAGCGCAGGCUACGUUUGCCCGAGGAAUUGCUGCCAGUGUUCACUUCAUCUGUGUGGGAACAUGGUCGGGUCGGAUCCUGGUAUUUGACAUCCCUGCUAAGGGUCCCAACAUUGUACUUAAUGAGGAGCUGGCUGGACACCAGACACCAAUCACAGACAUUGCCACUGAGCGUGCCCAGGGUCAGGAUGGUGUUGCUGACAUGGUGACAGCCGAUGACUCAGGAGUUCUGUGUGUCUGGAGGUCAGGAACUGUGUUCACAUUACUGAACCGAAUCCCAGGCUUCGGGGUCCCGUGCCCCUCUGUGCAGCUGUGGCAGGGGAUUGUGGCAGCGGGGUAUGGGAACGGGCAAGUGCGUCUGUAUGAUGCCAGUACAGGAGCACUCCACGUCCAGAUCAGUGCGCACGCCCGGACCAUCUGUGCCCUGGACCUGGCUCCAGAAGUGGGCAAGCUACUCUCUGCAGCUGAAGAUACCUUUGUGCAAAUCUGGAAGCUGAACAGGGACCCAGAGAGUGGCUCCAUUGGGGUUGAACACUGCCACGGUGAAUGUAUUUCUGACACCCAGCUGUGUGGCGCUCGGUUCUGUGACCCAUCGGGCAGCUCCUUUGCGGUGACGGGCUAUGACCUUGCUGAGAUCCUGAGAUUCAGCAGUGUCUGAGCGAGGACACACUUCCCUUCUCCCCUGGUAUUUAUAAAGUAUUCCUCCACCAAGCCCUUGUCUG